AUGGAAUCACGUCUGGAAGAAGCUGUUCAAUAUGCUAAGGAUUUUCCUCAGAACUCAAUUCGCUCUGUGGCCAAGAAAUAUGAGGUGGCACACACAACACUGAGAUAUCGCCUCAAGAGGUCAGAUCACAAAUCCUCGCGUAUCGCGCACAACAGAAAGCUUUCGGUUGCAGAUGAGGGUGCCGUCUGUAGAUAUGUCGAUCGCCUUGAUGCUGUCAACCUUGCUGUGCGACCCGAGUUCAUUGUGGAUGCCGCGAAUGCAAUCCUUCGUGCCAAGGCCCCUGCAGCCAAAUCGGGCGACCCGCCUACUCGCCAGAAGACCUUGAGCGCCGAAAGAGCAGCAUCCGAGGACUUGCAACGGGUCGUGGAGUAUUUUCAGCGGCUGCAGAGGAUUCUUGAGCGAGAAGGUAUCCAACCCGAUGAUAUCUGGAAUAUGGAUGAAACCGGCUUUCGAGUCGGGGUGGGGAAAGAUCAACUCAUCGUCACAAAGCGAAAGAGGUCUCACUACUUCAGUGUCCCCGAGAAUCGGGAGUCAGCAACUCUCAUUGAGGCAAUCUCCGCCGCCGGGCGCUUUACCCCUGCUUUCAUAAUUCUCGCCGGUCAGAACCACAUGGCGAGCUGUGGAUACACGAACGAUGAGAUCAGUCUCGACUGGGUGCAACACUUUGACAAGCACACUAACGGGUGCCGAAAAGGGAGGAAACGUCUUCUCAUCUUGGACCGGCAUGGGUCGCACCAUACGAAGGAGUUCAUUGAGUACUGUGAUGCCCAUGCGCUGGACCUCAUGGUCCGUGACGGGUUGGUCAACAUCACAAAGGUUGAGUUCCUCGGCUGCAUCCAAGAAGUCCGAAAGAAAGCAUUCAGAGCAAGCACUAUCCGCUCUGCUUUCAAGAAAACAGGAAUCUGGCCAUUCUAUCCCCAGCCAGUGCUGGAUCUUAUAAGUAGUAGGAUGGUGACGUCAAAAACGCCUACUCCGCCGCCUUCUGGGCCAGAAUCUUCACCAUUCAGCACGCCUUUGACAGUCCGACAAGUCAACAAGGUUGCCAGGGUCAUAGAGAACGGAUUGGGUGAAGUCAACGAAAUUAGCCCGGAUCUGGCUCACAAUAUGAGCCGAUUCAUCAAGGGCUCUCUGAGCAACGUUGCCGAACUCCUGCAGACGAAAAAGGACCUAGGAAGGACUAGAUACGCAGAGAAAAUAGCCAAACAGCGGAGGGCCAUGAAGAACAAGGUUCUGCAGUCGGGAGGGGUACUUACAGUCCAGGAAGGCCGUGCAAUGGUCCGGCGUAAGGAAGAAGACGAAGUUACCAAGGCGAGGGAGGUGAUCGCCAGGAUGGAAGCGAAGGCCAAGAACGCACUUAAGCGUUGGUUUAAUGAAGCCGCAAAGACUGCAAGACAAUGGAGGUCCAUUGGAAAGCUUGACAGGGCUGAGAUUUACGAAAGUGGUCGCGAAGUGCGGCUGCUGAAGCGCUUCUAA